AUGAAGACACUUCAGGGAUUUGUGAUUUUAGGUAGUAGCAUUAUUGACUUGCUUCUGCAAGUCGCAGGUUUCCAGAUUAAGGCUUUCACAUCCCUGCGCUUCCUGUCAGAGCCUUCCGAUGCUGUCACGAUGCGGGGAGGAAAUGUCCUCCUGAACUGCUCUGCUGAGUCUGACCGAGGCAUCCCGGUUAUCAAGUGGAAGAAAGAUGGCGUCCACCUGGCCUUGGGAAUGGACGAAAGGAAGCAGCAACUUUCAAACGGCUCUCUGUUGAUACAAAACAUACUCCACUCCAGGCACCAUAAGCCAGAUGAGGGACUUUACCAAUGCGAGGCAUCUUUGGGAGAUUCUGGGUCAAUUAUUAGCCGGACGGCAAAAGUUGCAGUAGCGGGACCACUGAGGUUCCUAUCGCAGACAGAAUCUGUCACGGCCUUUAUGGGAGACACAGUGCUACUCAAGUGUGAGGUUAUUGGGGAGCCUAUGCCAACAAUACAUUGGCAAAAAAACCAACAAGACCUGAUUCCCAUCCCAGGUGAUUCCCGAGUGGUGGUGUUGCCCUCUGGAGCCUUGCAGAUCAGCAGACUUCAACCUGGGGACACUGGAAUCUAUCGAUGCUUAGCCCGGAAUCCAGCCAGCUCAAGAACAGGAAACGAAGCAGAAGUCAGGAUUUUGUCAGAUCCAGGACUACAUAGGCAGCUGUAUUUUUUGCAAAGACCAUCCAAUGUAGUAGCCAUUGAAGGAAAAGAUGCCAUCCUGGAGUGCUGUGUUUCUGGCUAUCCUCCCCCGAGUUUUACCUGGUUACGAGGAGAGGAAGUCGUCCAACUCAGGUCCAAAAAGUAUUCUUUACUGGGUGGAAGCAAUCUGCUUAUCUCCAAUGUGACAGAUGAUGAUAGUGGAACUUACACCUGUGUUGUUACAUAUAAAAAUGAGAAUAUUAGUGCCUCUGCAGAGCUCACAGUCUUGGUUCCGCCAUGGUUUUUAAAUCACCCUUCCAACCUGUAUGCCUAUGAAAGCAUGGAUAUUGAGUUUGAAUGUUCCGUCUCUGGAAAGCCUGUGCCCACUGUGAAUUGGAUGAAGAAUGGAGAUGUGGUCAUUCCUAGUGAUUAUUUUCAAAUAGUGGGAGGAAGCAACUUACGAAUCCUUGGAGUGGUAAAGUCAGAUGAAGGCUUUUAUCAAUGUGUAGCUGAAAAUGAGGCUGGAAAUGCCCAGACCAGUGCACAGCUCAUUGUCCCUAAGCCUGCUAUCCCAAGCUCCAGUGUCCUCCCUUCUGCUCCCAGAGAUGUGGUCCCCGUGUUGGUUUCCAGUCGGUUUGUCCGCCUCAGCUGGCGCCCACCUGCAGAAGCAAAAGGGAACAUUCAAACCUUCACGGUCUUUUUCUCCAGAGAAGGUGACAACAGGGAACGAGCAUUGAAUACAUCCCAGCCUGGGUCCCUUCAGCUUACUGUGGGAAACCUGAAGCCAGAAGCCAUGUAUACCUUCCGAGUUGUGGCCUACAAUGAGUGGGGACCAGGAGAGAGUUCUCAACCCAUCAAAGUGGCCACUCAGCCAGAGUUGCAAGUUCCAGGGCCAGUAGAAAACCUGCAAGCUGUAUCUACCUCACCUACCUCAAUUCUUAUUACCUGGGAACCCCCUGCCUAUGCAAAUGGUCCAGUCCAAGGUUACAGAUUGUUCUGCACUGAGGUGUCCACGGGAAAAGAACAGAAUAUAGAGGUUGAUGGACUAUCUUAUAAGCUGGAAGGCCUGAAAAAAUUCACGGAAUAUACUCUUCGAUUCCUAGCUUAUAAUCGCUAUGGGCCAGGAGUAUCUACUGAUGACAUAACAGUGGUUACACUUUCUGAUGUGCCAAGUGCCCCGCCUCAGAACGUCUCCCUGGAAGUAGUUAAUUCAAGGAGUAUCAAAGUAAGCUGGCUGCCUCCUCCAUCAGGAACACAAAAUGGAUUUAUUACCGGCUAUAAAAUUCGACACAGAAAGACGACCCGCAGGGGUGAGAUGGAAACAUUGGAGCCAAACAACCUCUGGUACCUGUUCACAGGACUGGAGAAAGGAAGUCAGUAUAGUUUCCAAGUGUCAGCCAUGACAGUCAAUGGCACUGGACCACCUUCCAACUGGUAUACAGCAGAGACUCCUGAGAAUGAUCUGGAUGAGUCUCAAGUCCCUGACCAGCCAAGCUCUCUUCACGUGAGGCCCCAGACCAAUUGCAUCAUCAUGAGUUGGACUCCUCCCUUGAACCCCAACAUCGUGGUGCGAGGUUACAUAAUUGGUUAUGGCGUUGGGAGCCCUUAUGCCGAGACAGUGCGUGUGGAUAGUAAACAGCGAUAUUAUUCUAUUGAGAGGUUAGAGUCAAGUUCCCAUUACGUCAUCUCCCUAAAAGCUUUUAACAAUGCAGGAGAAGGAGUUCCUCUUUAUGAAAGUGCCACCACCAGAUCUAUAACAGAUCCCACUGACCCAGUUGAUUAUUAUCCUUUGCUUGAUGAUUUCCCCACCUCGGUCCCAGAUGUCUCCACCCCCAUGCUCCCACCAGUAGGUGUACAGGCUGUGGCUCUUACCCACGAUGCUGUGAGGGUCAGCUGGGCAGACAACUCUGUCCCUAAGAACCAAAAAACAUCUGAAGUGCGACUUUACACUGUCCGGUGGAGGACCAGCUUUUCUGCGAAUGCGAAGUACAAGUCAGAAGACACAACAUCUCUGAGUUACACAGCAACAGGCCUCAAACCCAACACGAUGUAUGAGUUCUCGGUCAUGGUAACAAAAAACAGAAGGUCAAGCACAUGGAGCAUGACUGCCCACGCCACCACAUAUGAAGCAGCCCCGACCUCUGCUCCCAAGGAUUUGACAGUCAUUACUCGAGAAGGGAAGCCUCGUGCUGUCAUUGUGAGUUGGCAGCCUCCCUUGGAAGCCAAUGGGAAAAUUACCGCUUACAUCUUGUUUUAUACCUUGGAUAAGAACAUACCAAUUGAUGACUGGGUUAUGGAAACAAUCAGUGGUGAUCGGCUUACUCAUCAAAUCAUGGAUCUCAACCUUGACACUAUGUAUUACUUUCGAAUUCAAGCACGAAAUGCAAAAGGAGUUGGGCCCCUGUCUGAUCCCAUCCUCUUCAGGACUCUGAAAGUAGAACACCCUGACAAAAUGGCUAAUGACCAAGGUCGUCAUGGAGAUGGAGGUUAUUGGCCAGUUGAUACUAAUUUGAUUGAUAGAAGCACUCUCAAUGAGCCACCCAUUGGCCAGAUGCACCCCCCACACGGCAGUGUCACUCCUCAAAAGAACAGCAACCUGCUUGUAAUCAUUGUGGUCACCGUUGGCGUCAUCACAGUGCUGGUGGUAGUGAUCGUGGCUGUGAUUUGCACCCGGCGCUCUUCAGCCCAGCAGAGAAAGAAACGGGCCACCCACAGUGUUGGCAAAAGGAAGGGCAGCCAGAAGGACCUCAGGCCCCCUGAUCUUUGGAUACAUCAUGAAGAAAUGGAGAUGAAAAAUAUUGAGAAGCCAUCAGGUACUGACCCUACAGGAAGGGACUCCCCCAUCCAAAGUUGCCAAGACCUCACACCAGUCAGCCACAGCCAGUCAGAAACCCAGCUGGGGAGCAAAAGCACCUCUCAUUCAGGUCAAGACACUGAAGAAGCAGGGAGUUCCAUGUCUACUCUGGAAAGGUCACUGGCUGCCCGCCGAGCCCCUCGGGCCAAGCUUAUGAUUCCUAUGGAUGCUCAGUCCAACAAUCCUGCUGUCGUGAGUGCCAUCCCUGUGCCAACCCUGGAAAGCGCCCAGUACCCAGGAAUCCUUCCAUCUCCCACGUGUGGAUACCCCCACCCACAGUUCACCCUCCGGCCUGUGCCAUUCCCAACAUUGUCUGUGGACCGAGGUUUUGGAGCAGGAAAAACAGUGAGUGAAGGACCAACCACCCAGCAGCCACCCAUGUUGCCCCCAGCACAGCCUGAGCAUCCCAGCAGUGAGGAGGCACCAAGCAGAACCAUCCCCACGGCCUGUGUUCGACCAACUCACCCACUCCGCAGCUUUGCUAACCCUUUGCUACCUCCACCAAUGAGUGCAAUAGAACCGAAAGUCCCUUACACACCACUGUUGUCUCAGCCAGGGCCUGCUCUUCCCAAGACUCAUGUUAAAACAGCCUCUCUUGGGUUGGCUGGUAAGGCAAGAUCUCCUUUGCUUCCUGUAUCUGUGCCAACAGCUCCUGAAGUAUCUGAGGAAAGCCACAAAGCAACAGAGGAUCCAGCCAAUGUGUAUGAACAGGAUGAUUUGAGUGAACAAAUGGCAAGUUUGGAAGGGCUAAUGAAGCAACUUAAUGCCAUCACAGGCUCGGCCUUUUAA